GCGAGAAGGGGAAAAGAAACUGAAAAAAAAAAAAAAAAUUCAGAGACCAGGAGCCACGUGAAAAAGGAUUCUUCAGCUUCUCCCUGCAUAGAAACAAAGAUCGCAAGUAGGUAUUCGAUCGAAUUUUAUAUAUUCCUCAUUUCCAACUCAAAACAAAUGUGUGUUUGACCUGCUACCCAAAUUCCGAGCAUAUCCCAUUUUCUUUUCACCAUGGCUCUCUCUUCCCAACUCCUCUCUCCUAAUGGAGCAAAACCCAUCAAUUUCUCCUCGAAAGUGCCUCGCCCUUCAAUUUGCAGACGCGGGUCUUCCUCCUUUCGUCCCAAGACCCAAUCCAAGAGAAGCCCAUUUGGUAGGAUUCUGGCUUCUGGGUCAUCGGAAUCUGGAAGGAGACAGCUUGAGGUAGUUUACGACCCAGAGGACAGGAUUAAUAGACUGGCAGAUGAAGUGGAUAAGAACGCUAGCCUUUCUAGACUCAAUCUCUUCUCACCUUGUAAGAUUAAUGUAUUUUUGAGGAUUACUGGUAAGAGGGAAGAUGGGUUCCAUGAUUUGGCUUCGCUGUUCCAUGUAAUUAGUUUAGGAGAUACAAUCAAAUUCUCCUUAUCUCCAACUAAAACUAGAGAUCGUCUGUCGACAAAUGUGCCUGGAAUCCCACUUGAUGAUAGCAAUUUGAUUAUUAGAGCACUUAACCUGUAUAGGAAGAAGACUGGAACUGAUAACUUCUUCUGGAUUCAUCUUGACAAAAAGGUUCCUACUGGUGCCGGGCUUGGUGGUGGGAGUAGCAAUGCUGCGACUGCGUUAUGGGCAGCCAAUCAGUUCAGUGGUAGUCUCGCUACAGAAAAGGACCUUCAAGAAUGGUCAGCUGAAAUUGGGUCCGAUGUUCCCUUCUUUUUCUCUCAUGGAGCAGCUUAUUGUACCGGUAGGGGUGAGAUUGUUGAAGAUAUUCCACGCCCAAUACCCUUGGACUUGCCAAUGGUUCUCAUCAAGCCCCGAGAAGCAUGCCCAACAGCUGAAGUUUACAAGAGAUUUCGGUUAGAUCAAGCUAGUUCUGUUGACCCUUUGGCCUUGCUUCAGAAGAUCAAUGAGAAUGGAAUAUCUCAAGAUGUUUGUGUGAAUGAUUUAGAGCCUCCUGCUUUUGAAGUUGUGCCAUCUCUGAAGAGGUUGAAACAACGUGUGCUUGCAGCUAGUCGUGGAGAGUAUAAUGCUGUUUUCAUGUCAGGAAGUGGAAGCACAAUUGUUGGCAUUGGUUCACCAGAUCCCCCACAAUUCAUAUAUGAUGAUGAUGACUACAAGGAUGUGUUUCUAUCAGAGGCCUCCUUUCUCACUCGCCAAGAGAAUCAAUGGUAUACAGAACCGAGCUCAUCGCCUGCAAGUUCUUUUACCAAGGAAGAAGCGUCCAAUGUGGAGUAGAGGUGGAGUAGAGGAGUUCUGAGGAACUGAAACCUUAAUUUUUGCAAAGACGUUGUAUGCUCAGUGCUUGUGGAGUGACAUUCGUGUGAUCAAAGCGAAACAAUAUUUUUCUCCUUUUGCUGUUGAUUUCUGACGUUAUAUUCUCCUGACUAACAAACGCAAGAGUGCUGUGUACAGAAACCAUGAGUUAAGCAGCUGCAAUUCACUGGUAAUAUUGGUGAAA